ACGGGGUUUGCACUUCUUUCUUUUAGACUCCAUAUGCCAACUCAUCUCAUUAUUUUGUUAGACUGUCAUCAACGUAAACAGUAUUGUAAAAAAAAUAUAGAAUAUAAAUAAGUCAUGAAGUAACAUCUUUUUGAUAUAAAUUAAACAGAACUUUGAUACAAUGACGAGUAUUACAACCGGGUACAAUCCCGAGAAUAAUGCUAAAUUUUUAGAAAGCCUACAGGCCAAUUUAAAGACUCUCAGUUCUGAAACUAAAAAGAAAUAUCCUCAAAUAAAAGAAUCAUGUGAGGAAGGAAUAGUUAAACUCAGAGCUGCUGCUAAUAAUCCAUCGGCAUCUAUUUAUUAUGUUGUCAAUCAAAUUCUUUUCCCUUUAGUACAAGGAUGUGAGAGUAAAGAUGUUAGAAUAAUCAAGCUUUGUUUAGAAAUAAUGCAAAGACUGAUAACACAACAAGCUAUUGAUCAAAAAGGUGCUCGAUAUAUUACUGAUACUUUAUGGAUGUUAAUGGAACUUGGUAUAGAAGAAGUUAAAGUUCUUCAAACUGUUACGCUUCUUCUUGCAACUAACACAAUUGUUCAUGGAGAAAUUUUGUCUAGAAAUUUAGUAUUGUGUUUUAGACUUCAUUUCACAAAAGAUUCUACAACAAUUAAUACAGCUAGUGCAACAGUAAGACAAUUAGUAUCUUUAGUUUUCGAAAGAGUUAUCGCUGAAGAUGAACAAAAUGUAAAUGAAUCAGAGCCUGAAAAAACUGUCCUUGAAGAGUUAAAAACAUGUACUGGACAGCCACCAAAAGGUCUCGCUCCUUGUGCUGCAGAUGCUUUUUUAAUGUUUCAAGAUUUAGUACAAUUAGUUAAUGCAGAUCAACCUUAUUGGCUGAUAGGAAUUACUGAAAUGACAAGAACAUUUGGUUUAGAACUUUUGGAGUCAGUUUUAACCAAUUUUUCAUCAGUCUUUUUUAAACAUCCUGAAUUUAGUUUUUUACUAAAAGAAAGAGUAUGUGCUUUGGUGAUUAAAUUAUUUUCACCAAACAUUAAAUACCGAAACUCCGUACCUGCAUCAGUUCAGCAAGCAACACCUCUCGAUAAACCAUACUUUCCAAUUAGUAUGCGACUUUUAAGAGUUGUUUCUAUAUUGGUACAAAAAUAUCAUUCACUUUUGGUGACUGAAUGCGAAAUAUUUCUAUCUUUAAUUGUCAAGUUUCUCGAUCCCGACAAGCCUGCUUGGCAAAGAGCCUUAGCUUUGGAAGUUUUACAUAAAAUGACCGUUCAUACUGAUCUUCUUACUAGUUUUUGUGAAUGUUAUGAUUUAAAACAACACACAACAAAUAUUUUUCAAGAUAUUGUCAAUAGUUUAGGUGCUUAUGUACACAAUCUUUUUAUCAAUUCUCCUGCAGUAAGUCAAGCGGCUGGAGCUGCUGUUGCAACCGCUCAAGGUGCAGCACCAACUUUAUUAGCUGGAAUGCCAGUAGGUCCAGGUGUAACACCUCAACCUGGAUUUUACUCACGAGGAGUUUGGCUUCCGGUUGUUGCUACGUUUUCAAGUGGUCAGGCUAAACCAGUUUACUUAGAAAUGCUUGAUAAAAUAGAACCGCCACAAAUUCCCGAUGGUUAUGGCAUAAGUAUUGCAUAUGCAUGUUUACUAGAUAUAAUUGGUUCAAUUUCUCUUGCAAUUCUUGGCCCUAAAGAACAAGGCAAUCAAAAUCCAUAUAAUCCAUCAGAAGUAGAAAGGAAACUACACAUUCAGCUAAUUAAUUCGAGCUGGUGUGGCUUGCUUGCAGCUUUAAGUCCUUUGGUAGACGCAAGUACAGAUGAAACAGCAACAGAAAACGUACUGAAGUCAAUCCAAACGUUUGCAUCACUUUGUGGUUUAUUAGAUUUGCAAACUCCUCGUGAUGCAUUUAUAACUGCUAUUUGUAAAGCAUCACUUCCACCACAUUAUGCACUCACUGUCUUGAACAGUGCACCUCAGGGAAUUCCAACAGCUCGACCUCAAGAGCCAAGUCAAUACAAUCCUUCAACAAUGGGAGAACAAGACUAUCGACAACAAGUGGUUGCUGUUGGUACUCCAUUGCCGACAGCUUCUCUACCAAUAGGUGCACAACAAGGGCCUGUCAUGUUAACGGCAAAGAAUCUACAGUGUAUGAGAGCGCUAUUGAUGCUCGCUCACUGUCAUGGGAGCAUUUUAGGCAGUGCUUGGCACUUAGUACUGACAACUCUUCAACAUUUAGUUUGGAUUCUUGGUCUCAAACCUUCAACAGGCGGAUCUCUUAAGGCUGGUAGAACUGCUACUGAUUCAAACGCUGUUCUUACUACUGCUGUGAUGGCUGAUUUACCAGUGUUAAGUGCUAUGCUGAGUAGACUGUUUGAAAGCAGUCAAUAUCUAGAUGAUGUGGCCCUUCACCAUUUAAUUGAUGCUUUGUGUAAAUUAAGUCAAGAAGCUAUGGAGCUUGCAUAUUCUAAUCGAGAACCUUCGUUAUUUGCAGUUGCUAAAUUAUUAGAAACGGGACUGGUGAAUUUACCACGUGUUGAAGUUUUAUGGAGACCAUUAACAAAUCAUCUGUUAGAAGUUUGUCAACAUCCACACAUAAGAAUGCGUGAAUGGGGAGUAGAAGCAAUUACAUAUUUAGUUCGAGCUGCUUUACAACAUAAGUAUCCUCAACCUCUUCGAGAUAAUCAAAAAUUACAGACUUUAUUGCUUGGUCCUCUCGCAGAAUUAUCAUCUGUACGGCAUGCAAAUGUACGAUGUCGACAACUUGAAUGUGUUUUACAAAUUCUCCAAGGUGGAGGAGAAACUUUAUUUCAUGGGUGGCCUUUGGUAUUAGGUAUCAUUGGUGCAGUGUCUGAUCAUCAUGGUGAAAGUUCAGUUCGAAUAGCUUUUCAAUGUCUUCAAUUAGUAGUGACAGAUUUUUUACCAGUAAUGACCUGGAGAUGUCUGCCAUUAUGUGUAGAUACAGCUGCUAAAUUUGGUUCUCAAACUCAAGAAUUAAAUAUUUCUUUAACAGCGGUUGGAUUGAUGUGGAAUUUAAGUGACUAUUUCUUUCAAAAUCAGGAAAAAUUGUGUAAUUCCUUAAAAGGAGAUACCGGCUCAAUAUUCCCAGACUUUCCUGGAACGACAAAUAUGCCAGCUUUUGAUAAAUUAUGGAUGUGCCUUUAUGCAAGACUGGGUGAUUUAUGUGUUGAUCCACGACCGGCUGUACGAAAAUCAGCAAGUCAAACUUUAUUUUCAACUAUAUCAGCUCAUGGUGGUCUUCUUCAUCAACCAACAUGGCAAGCUGUUCUUUGGCAAGUUCUCUUUCCACUUUUAGAUAAGGUGCGGAAUUUAUCCAGCUCAGCAAGCAACGAAAAAGUUGAUACCAGUGGUAUUCUUAUACAUCACAGCAGAAAUACAGCACAAAAACAAUGGGCAGAGACACAAGUUUUAACUCUACGGGGUGUAGCAAGAGUUUUUAAUACAAAACGGCAAUUACUUGAAAUGUUGGGAGAUUUUCCAAGAGCUUGGUCUUUGUUACUCGAGUUUAUUGAACAUUCAGCAUUGAGUAAAAACAACGAAGUUUCUUUAGCAGCAUUAAAAUCUUUUCAAGAGAUUUUAUAUCUUCACAAGAAUGGAGAAAAUGAAGACAAUAUUCCAUCUGGAGAACCUGAAGCAUUGUGGUUUGUCGCGUGGAGAGUGUGGCUAAAUAUUGGUAUGGAGAGUGCUUCACCACCUCAAGAGGAUGAUGAUAAACCUUAUGUUCCUUCCCAAGCAUUUUUAACAGCAUUAGUUGAAAUAUUUCCUCCACUUUUUCAACACAUAAGAGUUAAAUUUACGAGUGCAGAUUUAAAGAAAUUGUGUACCGUAUUAAAAAAUGUUGUAGAGGUUCCAGUGCAUGGAGAAUCAACAUCAUAUAUUUUACCUACAGUUUCUGAUAUUGUGCUAACGGAAUUACAAGAUGGUGUACUUCAUUCCAUGGAGCUUUUACAAAAGGAAGCUCUUAAUGGUGUUGAUAAUUUACGAAUUAUGAUAGGUUCAAUAUUUUUACAAUUACUAUCAUUUUCCAGAUUAGCAUGUCACGCUCCUACAUACGGAAAACUGACAACGAAGAAAUUUAUCUCAGGUACAGGGACCUCAGCUGAUUGGGUAACGAUGAAUUAUGUACCUUUUGGAGAAAAAGCUUUAACCAUGGUAGUAAAUUUAUAUCAAAAAACUGCAUCAGAACAAGUUGUGAUUGAUGAAGAAAUUUUAAAACACGUAAUAGAAGCAUUACGAGUACCAUUAUCUAUGAAAUAUGCAUGUCCAUCACCAUCAACAUGGAAAUUAGCAGUUACGAGUCUUCUAGCCGUGUUACAUACCGGAUUGCCUUUAGCACGAAUGUAUCCCGAUAAAUUUCAAACAAUGUGGCCUGCACUAGCAGAUACAAUGGACGAGUUUUUAUUCCCUAAAAGUGUUAUUAAAGUAGAAAGAAACAUCGAGGAAAUUCAAGCUGAUGAAGCAGUUGAUUGUCAAGUUAUGGAACUGUUACGUGAUGAAGUACUUCCAUACUCUCAACAUAUACCACAUCAAUUCAUUUUACGAGUUGUCAUGCUUUUAAAUAAAGGCUCUAUACAUUCUGCUACGUCUUCAAACAUAGAAAUGAACGGAGAAACAAAGCUUAGAGAAGAAUUUGCUAAAACAUGUUUCGAAACACUUUUACAAUUCUCCUUAUUAGAUGGAUUAAACAAUGUUCCUGAUAUAACUAUUGAUCACAAUAAUAAAGAGAGCAAUGAGGGUGGAGUUGCCGGUCGAUUAGCAGUCACUGCUUUGCUUCAUAGAUUUCAAGAAGUUUUAUGUCGUUAUAUUGAAGAUGAACGGCGAAGUGGGAAAUGUCCAUUACCGAGAUAUAGGCUAUCAGAAAUUUCAUUUGUUCUUAAAGCUGUUGCUACUUUAAUAGUGUCUCUGAAGAAAGCUCCAGCAAAUAAAGUGGAACGAUCUGUAUGGAUGCAAUUGAUUGAACUUUAUCCUUGUUUAGUUGAGUGUAAUUUAGCGACAGCAUCCUCACAAGUUACUAGAUCACUUAGAGAAGCUUUAAUGCAGUAUCAUGAUCUCCUGAGACCACCUGUCGACAGUGUAGCAUCAAAUGGUGUCUGACCACGGCAUACAAUUUAUUUACAUUAAACAAACUCAUUAAAUAGCACAGUAUCAGAUAACGUAACCAAAUAGUUCAAUUUUCCCUUUAAUUAAUCUUAUAACAUUCUUUGAAUAAAAUAAUUCGUAGUUUUCCAUUUUUUUAUUCUGGGUUUUUCAAAGAACCAAAAAUUUUUUAUUCAUUUUAAAUACUCACAACUAA